AAUUAGAGAAAUAAUUAUGAAGAUAAUUAUAGGACUCCUCUCUCUAUUGAUCCUUACAGUGCUAGGCACAGAAACAGAAUUUGGGCAAUUUGAAUCUGAUCCAAAUGGCUACAACAUACAAGAAUCAGAUUCUAAUCAGCCAUUAGAUGAUGACACUGACUUACAACAAGAAGCAGCACCAAAAGAAGAAAUGGAGACACAGGAGGAACAAGAGGAGACUGACAACAAAUUUGAAUCUGAUUCAAAUGGCUACAACAUACAAGAAUCAGAUUCUGAUGAGCAAUUGGAUGAUGACACUGAGCUACAAGAAGCAGCACCAAAAGAAGAAAUGGAGGCCAGGGCAGCCAGACGAAGUCGUUUCUAUGAUAUAAGAUACAUGAAUGCACUUGAUGCACACAUUAACAAAGUCAUUCAGUCAAACUUCCGAAAUCAACCAGUGAUUCAACUCCUCUAUUUAUGGACUGAUGGAUCAAGAGUCCUGAAAAUCAAGAAGGUGAAUGGAGGGACUUUACGCACAUCAGGAAGAUUGCUACAGAGGAUGUAUAUGGGGAAUGGAAGAAGGUCUAAAACUGGACGAUACUUGGCAUAUCGGCCAAGAUUUAGAGGCUACCAUUACACUCGUCUUGGUGCUAUAUUUGUUAAUCUCAACAGACUCUUCCCUUGUGCCAGAUCAACUCGAAUUUCUUGCCGCAGGUUUACAAUAGAAGAGGAUGGAUUCUUAAAAGGAAAGGCAAUCAUUGAAGCUGCUGAUCUUGGUAACCACUUCAGAGUUUUUGGAAGACACGUUGAUACAUAUGGGCUUGCAUUUCAAGGUUGCUGUUAUCUCAAUGGUGCCAAUGGUUGUCUUCCUAGGUGGUUUCACACAACGAUUGCUUGCUUGCUUCCAAGGUCCUGUUUUCGAAGCUGAACAAAAAAGAACAUGAACUGUAGUUUAGUAUUAACUGUAGUUUAGUAUUAACUGUAGUUUAGUAUUGUUGUUAUUAGAUGCAGUUUAGCUGUAGUUUAAUUUUUUGCCAUAAUUUUGUUUUAGAUUUGUCAUAAUGUUUUAGAUUAUUAUAAGUAGUAAAAGACA